AUGCAAUCAUUCCAACUGAUGAGUAAGCGUCCCAGCUCACCCCUGGACAACGCCAUACCCACCAUCAACGUGGACCAGAUCCAACCUCUGAUCAACUUCUGGAGGACUGUGCAGACCGCAGGCUUCAGCGAGCACGAGGUUCGCACACACAUGUCACAGCUGUUCAUGGAUAUUAUCAUGAACUUCUCUGAUCAAAUCCUCAGUGGUGUGGGGAAAAUCAUCGCCCGGGAACAGCUUUCGUCAAGUGAUGCUGUGCUCUCGGAAGAUGCCGUGAAAGACGCCCUGAGCGCUGUCCUCCGAACCAGCUUCAAGACCAGUUCUGCUGAUGAGUAUUAUGCACUUGAGAAGGCCCAUGAGCAGAUAAGUGCUGAGGUGACUGACACUGUCAACUCGGUUCUGAGUCGCGUGGGAUCUCCUGGAAGCAAACUGACAGUAGACAAAGAACAAGGCUACACCCCAUCCAGAUACAAGCUCCUCAGCAUCGUCUCCAAUGCCCAGAAGUUCAUGCAAUGCUGUUGGCCAUGCAGGACAAAGAUCUCAGGUGAGGAGAAGCCGGUGGACAAAGAGCUACAAGAGAGGGCCAAACGUCUCAAAGUCAGAAAUGAACUCAGACGGAACGGGCUGGGAGUGGCCGAAUCUGUGGAGACUGCAAACCUGUCUCAGAACGGUGCCUCUGGGAUUUCGAGUUUUGUUCCAGAGAUCAAACCCAGAUCCGACUCUGCAACCAGUGAGACACAAGAAACACAAGUGGAGAGUCUCCCUACAGAAACUGAGCAGGAGACAACCAAACAGACCACUCACAGCUCUAGUGAGUCUUUUGGUGACAAGGAACAUAUUACCAACGAGAUCUUGUCUGAAAACAAGCAGCAAAAAGCAAUGAAGGCUGCUGCACAACAAGAAAAAAGGAAGAGAGUGACUCAAAGCUCUGUAAACACCUGGUGCUCAUGUCAAGCGUACUCGGAGGAGAGCAGUCAGAGUUCAUCUGAGGAGGAUUCCAAUAUGAAAGAGCUCCUGGAUGAAGCAGCAGUAACAGUUGCCCGAUCUUCCAGCCUGAACAAAGAUGAGGCUGAGGUUCUUGUAAGCAGACUGAGUGAUAAGAGUGAAGCGGAUGCAGUGUCUAUCUACUCCAUGAUGUUGGACGAGAUGGAUGAAAUCCGAUACAGAAACUCUCUGGACUCUGAUGAGCGUAAAGUAAGCACUGAUAUAGAAACAAUGGAGGAAGAGGCAGCCUGUCAUUUGGAGAAGUUGAUGUCCGUGCCUGAUGACAUCCAAGAGGCCAGUUUCUAUGAGAAAUUGUCCCAGGACAUCUCCAAUGGACAACACAAGGAUGUGAAUGAGGCACUUCAACAGGUCAUUGUGCAGAAUAUGAGCCCCAGAAACUCUAUUGGAGCCUGGAAAUUUGGCAGAAAGGUCACAAGAUCAGUGCUCGAAUUCCUGAAGUCCGUAAAGGAGUGGGUUGAUAAACAGAGGGAUCAGGAACCAAAGACGGGUGAAGUCAGAAAUACUUAUCAAAAACUGCGAAAUGCCGUCCUCUGUAUGUCCAUGGACCCCCAGACCCACUAUACAGGCACACGCCAUACCCCUCCCCAACCAACAACUGCAGCAGAUGUUCAUUUCGAGUGGGACACAUAUCACAUCAGAUUCUUGGCUUAUGAAGUAACAAGGCACGCCCUCCAGACCAAAAGUCUGGCCAAUGUGGCCCCAUUUGUAAAGUUGUGGCAGCGGCUGGAGGAAAAUAUGACACAAUGGAACGUGAAGGUGAGGCCUGAUGCUGAGAACAUCCUGGAUGUGGCGGAGGAUGUGUACAAAGACCUGUGCUCGGGGUCCAAAAAACACUGGGUUUCAUUCAACUGCCUCAUCGAUGAGAACUACAUCGACACCAUCAUAGACACAAUCCGCUAUAAUCUGGAGAUACCCCAGAAGAAGAGCCGCAUCAGCUCCUUCUUCCAAUCAGUCAUGUUCCCGUUACACGCUCGUGUUAUUUUACGUCACAAGGCCGUCUACGAAUACGCGCCAAAGACGUGCUGA